CACGUUUCAUACGCGACGGUGGUCAAAGUAGGUGUCUCGUCAGUGAGCGGUCCCGCAUGAGGAACGCACGUCGGCGAUGCCCUGUGAAGCGAAGAGCCGCUUUCUGCUUCUUUACGGCUCCCAACGCGGUCAAGCCAAGUCAAUAGCAGAGGAGAUAUGUGACCAGGCAGAGGGGCUCGGAGUUGUGGCCGAUGCCUACUGUUUGAGCCAAAAAGAAAAGUAUAAUUUAGAGAAGGAAAUCGCUCCGGUAGUUUUCGUUGUGUCUACAACCGGGGAUGGAGAACCUCCAGACACGGCCCUUGCGUUUGUGAGAGGAAUCAAAAAAAAGACUUUGCCCAGCGAUCACUUUGAGCACAUGCGCUAUGCACUUCUAGCCUUGGGUGACACAAACUACUCCAAUUUCUGCAACUGUGGAAAAACUAUUGACAGCCGUCUCCAGGAGCUUGGUGCAAAGCGCUUUUAUCCAACAGGACACGCCGAUGAUGGUGUUGGACUGGAAAUAGUGGUGGAGCCGUGGAUUGAGGGACUGUGGGAAGCGGUUAGAAAAGCUUUAUCGGAAAUGUCCGCCUCUGGACAAGAGAGACUCGACCAGGCAGAGACUGACCCAAACGGUUAUGUUGGAAAACAAGACGAGCCAAACACUGACAAAUUCGGAGGAGACUUGAAUAUCCAACUACUGAGUCUUCAUGACCCAGUUCCAGGACUUUCCGACGUAGGGCCUCAAAGGGAGGGGGCUGGGGCUGAGGCUGGGGCUGCGUACACCUUGCUGACACGUUCCCAGCCCCCAGUGUCGGAGUCCUCUCUCAGCAUUCCCACACUGCCUCCUCCCUUCAUCGAUGUCCAGCUUUUGAACACGUCACCACAGGAGAACAAUGCUCCAUUUCGUAAAGAAGCUCUUCCCCACGUUCCUGUAUCAAGGGCAGUUCGACUCACUGGAGAAGGAGCUGUGAAAACAGCCUUGUUGCUAGAACUGGAUGUUUCUGAGCAUCAAAUGGAUUACCAGCCUGGAGAUUCAUUUGACAUUCACUGCCCAAACAGCUGUGCCGAGGUGGACGAGCUGCUGCGGAGACUGGGCCUGUCCCAACAGAAGUCCUGCAGCGUCCAGCUGCAGUUGCGAGCAGACACCAAGAAAAAGGCUGCACAGAUCCCCAGUUACAUUCCAGAAAGGUGUUCACUGCAGUACCUCUUCACCUGGUGUCUAGAAAUCCGGAGCGUUCUGAAAAAGGCUUUCCUGCGGUCCCUUGUCGAAUACACUUCGAACCCCGCUGAGAAACGCCGGUUACAGGAGCUGUGCAGCAAGCAGGGCUCAGCUGAAUACAACAGCUUUAUAAGAGACCCCGGGUUGUGCCUGCUGGACCUGCUGAGAGCGUUCACCUCCUGCUUGCCGCCUUUGAGCAUCCUCAUAGAGCAUUUGCCAAAGCUGCAGCCUCGGUCUUAUUCAGCAGCAAGCUCCAGCCUCAGCCACCCGGGGAAGCUGCUCUUUGUCUUCAACAUUGUCGAGUUCCCAGCGUGCGCUGAGCGCCCCAUCCCGAGAAGAGGCGUGUGCACCGGGUGGCUGGCGGACAUGGUGUCGUCUGUCCUACAGCCCUCCGGAGGGGUUCAUACUCAGGAGAUGAACCCUGGACUUCAGACUUCACCAAAGGUGUUUGUGAGUCUCCGCCCAAGCUCCGCCUUCCACUUGCCUGCUGACCCCACCGUGCCAAUUGUCAUGGUAGGACCCGGAACUGGCGUUGCCCCUUUCAUUGGCUUCCUCCAGCACAGGGAGAAACAAAGGCAAGAGAACCAGGAGGCAGCCUUUGGAGAAACAUGGUUAUUUUUUGGCUGCCGAUACAAAGAUCGGGAGUUUCUCUUCAGGGAGGAGCUGGAGAACUUUGUGGCACGUGGCACGCUAACGCAUUUGAAGGUGUGCUUCUCCCGGGAUGCCGGCGAUGGAGAGGAACUCGGGCCUAAGUACGUCCAGCAUAACCUCCACCUUCAUGCCCAGCAGGUCGGCAAUGUUCUGCUCAAACAAAAUGGCUGCUUCUACGUUUGCGGGGAUGCGAGGAACAUGGCGAAGGAUGUUAAUGAAGCCCUGAUCGAGAUAGUUGGCAAGGAGCUGCAAGUGGACAAGUUGGAAGCCAUGAAGGUGGUAGCUGGGCUGCGGGAGGAGAAGCGCUACUUGCAGGACAUUUGGAGCUGAAGGGCACUUUCGGCGUGAUGCGGGACCUCACAGGGCUGCAUUUUGAAAUGAAAGUAUCUCAGUCUAUGCAGAAUUCUCUUUAGUUUGUUUUUAAAAAAAUGCUGUAGUCUGUCCUUGCAGUGCAGGCCCUGGCUCAGAGCACUGUUUUCGAGUCAAACGGUGAAGCAGCUGGAUGUUAAAUGUUAUUUAUAUUCGAGAGUUGCUCCCAUUUCUAUAAUGAGCGCGACUCUGCCAUUUCGUUUAAUACAGACCCUGCAGUGAAUGCCAAAUGUCAGCUUAAAAAACUGCUCUCAUGAAACUGACCUUAUCUUUUAAAAUAUUCUUUUACUUUUGGGGGGAAAACAUUUUAUUUUAGUGUAUUUCAUCAUCUUAUCUCAAGUGUGGCUACCGCCUAUUUUUCUACUGCGAGUUUUGCUCACAGUGUAGAUUCUUAAGUACGGGUAAUAUCUGGCAAAUGGAAUGUUACAAUAAAUCAUAUUAUAUAAAAGUA